AUGGAGGGCGAUUGCUCGGAGAGCGCGGAGGGCUGGCUGUUGGUGCGCGUACACGUGCCCGAGCUGAAUGUCCAGAAAAGCCUGCAGUUCCCCAAGGACCAGCUCGUGUGGGACGUCAAGCAGCAGUGCCUAGCCGCCUUGCCGAAGGCACAAGCUGCGCUCAUUACGCCGGGCUUCCGUGACAGCCUCGCCUACGCCGCGUGGGCG